ACUUGUGAUUUUUACAAGAAAAGAAAACAGGUCAAUGAGAAAUACCCUACAAUUUCACAACUCUUCCAAUUCAUAAAAGUUUUUUUAAAGGCUUUUUCUCUUGAUGAAGAUGGGGUGGAUAAGUCAUCACACAGAGAAAAAGGAAACAUAUAGAAAUAUCAAAGCUUGAACCCACCAAGAAAAUUCUAAGAUUACCCCACAAAUAAUGGAAGUCACUGAUUCAAAUACCAACGAACAAGCCGCACCUCAAGUCCAACCACCACAUGGUGGUCGUGAUUGUUCAUCAUCGUCUCCAGCCUCCGCUGCUGUUUUAAUUAACACCUCCACCGCUCAACCACCACCAACAGCACAGUUUGUGGAGUCCUCCUUAGCCAUCGUGACCACCAGAUCGGAAACCAACGAUGAUUCGACCAAGAAACGACCCAAAAGUACAACCAAGGACCGGCACACGAAAGUUGACGGUCGAGGACGGCGCAUCCGGAUGCCGGUCACUUGUGCAGCUAGGGUUUUUCAGCUGACACGAGAAUUAGGCCAUAAGUCUGAUGGUGAAACCAUCAAAUGGCUCUUGCAACAAGCCGAGCCGGCUAUCAUAGCUGCCACGGGGACAGGAACCAUUCCAGCCAAUUUUUCCUCACUCAAUCUCUCUCUCCGAAGCAGCGGCUCCACUCUGUCGGCUCCGCCUUCGAUAUCGGCUCCACAUUCUUUUCACGGUGCACUUGGACUAACGCACCGCCCUUAUGAAGACAAUUCUUCUCACUUGUCAGGGUUUCACCAGCAUCAAACCCCUAAUCUUUUACAAGCGGCUCAAAUUACAAAUACCUUAGGCGACGGAGGCAGUGGCGGAGGUGGCGCCUUUGUUCGACAAGGUACGACAGAGAAUUACUUUGAAAAGAGAUAUAGAGAAGACUUGUUCAAAGAACAAAGAACCAAUAAUUCCCAAGGAGAAGGCUCCAGUUCACCUUCCAAUAGAAAACUCAAGAGCUAUGACAUGCAAACAAGUUCGCUGAGGCAUAGUAAUAUGCUGCCUACCACUGCCAUGUGGGCAGUGGCGCCAGAACCGAGCACCACCGCCACCAGCAGUACUUUCUGGAUGUUGCCCGUCACUGCCAGUGGCUCAGGCGGCAACGUGCAGACUUUAGCAGGUAAUAGUGCGGCAGGCCCACCGUGGCCAGCUGCAGGACCCUCACAAGUGUGGCAAUUUCCCAUGUCUGCGAGAUUUAAUUACCCGGGGAAUUUUGAACUUGAAGGUGGACUAAUGCAGGAGCAACAACCACCUUCACAGCAUCUUGGAUUUGGUGAGUCCAAUUUGAGAAUGUUGGCAGCUUACUCAAGAGGUGGUUUGAGUAUAAAUCCUGGGCAGGCUCAGCAAGUGCAUCAUCCAUUGGAGAUACAGCAUCAGCAGAUUCAGGCUAAUGACAGUGGAGAAGACGACCCAAAUACUUCUCAAUGAGAGUAUAUAUAGAUAGAAAGAAAGAUUUUGAAAUCUGAAUUUGGUUAGUGAUCAAUUACCUGAGUCAUUCAUUUAUCGAGUGAGCAUUUUUUUCAGUUUUUUUUUUUUUUUUUUGGAUUGGAAUUGAUCAUUGAUUGCUAGAAUGGUUU